AUCAGGGAGACCAGACAAUUCUCUAUGAUUAAUCAGGUAAUUUUAGUGGGCUUAGACCAUUUAUCAAAAAAAUAUGGCUGACAACCACAAUAAAUAGAUAUUAACGUAUAUUGAGGAAUCGUUGAAAAAUUUGAAAAAAAAUGAAAUGCAAGAUGAAAUGCAAGAUGUUGUGAUGAUCGAUCUUUCUGCUUAUGAUUUAGAUAAUGAUGAUGUACGUGAAAUGAUACAUGUUAAAUAUGAAGCUGAGAUAAUUGGAAAAAACAUGUUUAUCAAAUAUGACGGAAUAUUAAAACAAAGAAUUCAUCGAAAAUUAGCAAAUUCAGCAGAGGCUCAUAAUCCAAAUUGGGAUGUGGAUGCCAACGGAAUGUGUGUACUGGAGAACCGUGAUAGCUUUCUACCCGACGUUGGCAUAUGGUUUCAAAUGCCGACUAAAGCAGAACGGGUAAAUCCCAUUAAAGAACGAUGUCCACUCCCUGAUGUGUGGAUCGAGGUCUUCUAUAACAGAGAUCCAGAUCGUAUUCAUGCUUUGGAUAAUAUUGCUUUAGUCCAACAAUUAAACUUGGGUAUCGAAUUUGUCGGAAUUUCUCUCCCUUAUUCAACCGUCGUUUUCCAGCAAAACCCAAAUCCUGGGAUAGCUACGACACCUGUGACACCUUCAACAAAUCAAAACAUAAGGCCUACCAGAGCACCAUAUAUUAUCCAUUGGAACGUGAAUAGUGUUCCAGUUUACUAUAAAAUGAAUUGGAAUCAGCACAUUGUUCUCAGAUGUGGCUGGAUUCUUGAUUUCAAUAUUGUCCUUAAUGUACUUGCGAUGUGAUCAAUAUUAUUUUUAAAAGUCUUUAUAUUAUAUCUUUUUUGAAGCUUAUAAAAAGAUUUA